CCGAGUGCAGAAAGGGAGGGAGGAAAUUAGGAGAGAGAGACAGAGGAGAGAGAAGCAAAGCCUGGCUUCUGGCUAGCGACGUGUGUACCUUCAUCUAUCCUCCAUCCUUCAUCCCUUCUUUCGAUCCAUCCAUCUAUCUGAGCUACAAGCCUGCUCUCAUGAGACCAAAGACCCGAGCGAACGAAAUGCGGUCGAUGGUAUUUCCUUGACUCCAUUUCUCCGAAAGAAUGCUGGCUUAUGCGAGGCAAAACCCACGUACCUACCUACUUACCUACCUAACUACCUCACCUUGCAGUUCGAGUUAUCUCGCUUUUACCGAGGUACGGCAAUAUCAAAAAAGACCCCACCGAAACGAGAAGACCCGAGAGAAAUCAUAUUUGACUAGCGAGGAGCUCUCCUUUGCCCAAUAUCAAAGAUUGCUCUUGUGCCGAAAGGUGAUCGCAGUUUGAUUGAGAUUAGAAAGAGAGCUUUGAAUCUCCAGCCGAUCUCACCAUCUAGUCAAAAUCAAAACUAGUGCCAAAUCGCCCUCAAAUCAUGAACAAAUUUGCUGCCGGCCACAAACGGUCGGAUUCGCCCAAUGCUUCCUCGUUCUUGUUGAGGAAUUUUCGAUCAGGGAAAUUCAAGUACCCUACAAGUGCUCCGCCCCUUUUGGAACGUGCCAAUACAGUGGCCUCCGGACUUGGAUCUGCCAAGCAUGUGCAACUGUCCACGUGGGAUUCGAACGAAGACGUGGCUUCGGACGGUUGUCUGUCAUCAUUUCACUCGUCAAGUCUUCGACAUGCUCGGCCUCGGUCCGAUCAUUGUGAGGCAUAUGCAGAGUUCCACAACAACGAUGACGAGGAGAGCCCCAAAUUAACGCGAUUUUGCCGCGGAAGCAUCAAACGACUCAAACACGCGGAAAGUAAGGUUUCUACGGCCAAAAGAGAUAUGGAGCAGAUUCUCGCCUCAGCCAAGAGCGAAUCCGAUCUCAACGAUGAUCUUCCAAAUUUUGGGGCAGAGUUGCUGAAGGCUCAAACCCGGCUGGAUAACGACACUCGGCUGGCUUUGGAGGCUCAGAGUGAGAUGAGACGCAUUCUGGUGCAAUUUGCCAAUUUGCUCCAAGAGGAAGAAGAACAAGUGAGCAUCAAAGCAGAUUUAUUGCAAAGGACAUCGUCACAAAUCAAAUUUGCCUGUGUCACGAUGCCUGUGAAGAAGCAUGAAAGCGAGCAAGUACAUCACAUGCAUAAUGAUGGCGAUGAACGCGACGAGGUCGAUGAUCACGAUGAUGGUGAUGAUGAUGAUGAUGAACGAGAAGAAGACAGAGACUGCAGUGAUGCCUUUAAUCAAGGUGCUUCUCGAGCCACGAAAAUUCAACGAAAUUGUCGGCCCUAAAGAGUAAUGACGAAACACCUCCGGGUCUUUACAGAGGGUUCAAUUUAUUAUCUGCUUGGAUGACAAGUCCAGUAUUUAUGCAUGGCUGCCAAUCAACAAAUGUACACGAAGGUAUGCUUUUCCA